AUGCCUGAGCAUUACAAAAAAGACUGUCCGCAACUAAAGAAAGAAGAGUCAAAGAUAAAAGCAAAGCUCGCUCCAGCAAGGGUGUUUACUCUUACUCAGGCUAAUGCAAAAACUAGUCCCUCUGUUGUUACAGAUGUAUUUCCUGAUGAACUUCUGGAUUUACGAACGCAACGGGAGAUAGAUUUUGUUAUUGACCUAGCACCUAGAGCAGAGCCAGUGUCUUUUCUCAGACACAUUGUCACUAAAGAUAGGAUCAUGGUUGAUUCAGGGAAGAUUGAAUCCGUCAGGGAUCGGCCAAGGCCAAAGAUAGUUACAGAAGUCAAAAGUUUUCUGGGUUUAGCUGGUUAUUAUCAUCAGUUCAUUGAGGGAUUUUCUAGGAUCUCAACGCCCUUAAUAGAACUAACCAAAAGGAAUCAACGGUUGUUAUGGACAGACAAGUGUGAAACAAGCUUUCAAGAGUUGAAACAGCGAUUGACUACAACUCCGGUAUUAGCACUACCAUCAGAUAAAGAAGUUUGUGGUUUACUGUGA